AGGGAACAGCUGCAGCAUUAGGUUCGCGUAGGAUUUCACUGCAUUGCGAUUUGAAAUAUCAAUCAUUUCAUCCCCAAAAACUCAAGUAGAGCAGCUCGACUAAGCAACUAAAUAUCAUUUGAAAAAUGGUUGAUCGCGAGCAGCUGGUGCAGAAAGCCAGGCUGGCUGAACAGGCUGAGAGAUAUGAUGAUAUGGCAGCUGCUAUGAAAUCGGUAACAGAGCUGAACGUGGCCCUGUCCAACGAGGAAAGGAACCUCUUGUCUGUGGCCUACAAGAACGUGGUCGGGGCCCGCCGCUCCUCCUGGAGGGUGAUCUCCAGCAUUGAGCAGAAGACCUCGGCCGAUGGCAAUGAGAAGAAGAUCGAGAUGGUGAGGGCCUACAGGGAGAAGAUUGAGAAGGAGCUGGAGGCCGUGUGCCAGGAUGUGCUCAACCUUCUGGACAACUUCCUGAUCAAGAACUGCAACGAGACGCAGCACGAGAGCAAAGUGUUCUACCUGAAGAUGAAGGGCGACUACUACCGGUACCUGGCCGAGGUGGCCACGGGCGAGAAGAGGGCCACCGUGGUGGAGUCCUCGGAGAAGUCCUACAACGAGGCCCACGACAUCAGCAAGGAGCACAUGCAGCCCACCCACCCCAUCCGCCUGGGCUUAGCUCUCAACUACUCUGUGUUUCACUACGAGAUCCAGAACGCCCCGGAGCAGGCCUGUCAUCUGGCCAAGACCGCCUUCGAUGACGCCAUCGCCGAGCUCGACACCCUCAACGAGGACUCCUACAAAGACUCCACUCUCAUCAUGCAGCUGCUCCGAGACAACUUGACACUGUGGACAAGUGACCAGCAGGAUGACGAGGGAGGGGAGGGCAACAAUUAAAGAGAAACUACACUUCUAACAAAAUAUAUAUGAAGGGCGGGUGGACUUUGGCAGCCACUUUUGUCGAUGAUACCAUCGCAGCAGCAGUUCUUUAUUUUUCCAUGUGUUAAAAGAAAAGAAUCAAAAGAGAGGUGAGAGGGGAGGUUUAAUCUUAGUUUAAAUAUAUAUAGAAAUAUAUAUCCAGAAAGGAGCCUCCGUCUUCUUGAUUUUCUCUUUGACAUUUGCCAAAACCACUAAUAUGUCAGUCAAUCAGCCUGCAGUGGUUGUUGUUGGGUUGAAAUGGCAGCCUCACACUGGCAUAGGAACGGGUCUUGUUCUGUCAAGAUAAGCUGCUUACAUAGGUUUUUGCGUGAUAGAGAAGCAUUUCAGUCACUUGAUAGAGAAUGUGCUUGAAUGGGAAUGCCUCAGAAAACUAGUUUGCAUUGGUUCCAGUGGUAAGACCAUAGAUGAGAAAGGGCCCUGAAAGCCUUCGCCUGACGUUAAACUCACACAAACAACGAGAAAAGAGUUUUAAUCGGAUUAAUUCCCCAAAUAUUUGAAAGGAUAAAUUAGACAGGAGUGACAUUGAGAACUUGAUAGUCAACAUUUAUUCCCCUCCUUAAUGGUCAGAUUGGUCUGUUGUGUCACUUGAACAAUUGAGUCUUUUGGCGAUGAAGAUAACGAAAGGCAAAAAAAUAAAAAGCAGCUUCAGAGUUUGUGGUUUACUUCUGUGUUUGUUUUAUUAAAAGCACUUGCCUACUAUACUGUUUUUUCAGUGUAAGAUGAUGACAACAAUAAUAUCGAUUGUUAAAUAUUGUGCAUGCUGGUGAUGUAUUUAUAUACAGUAGCUUGACUUUAUUAACUUAUACUGUGGGUGUUAAGUAUUCAUAUGAUUGAGAACAAGUUGUCUGAUGUUGAUCUCUAAUUUAUUUUGUUUUGUUAUGGUUUUUUGAUUUGCUAUACCAAAAUGGUGAUCGUAAAAAUGUACCUGUAAUGGCUGUUGCUAUAGUGACAUGCAAUGUGUGUAUCUAAUUUGUUGCUGAAAGAAAAAAAAGGUACAUAAAAUCUCACCAGUGAUCACUUAAUCUUAGCAGCUGGGUUUGUCACAUUGAAGUAUGAUUACAGUAUAUUUUGUUUCCUUGAACAAUAUUUAAAUACUUUGUUUCUUUCAUGCUACCCAGUUUGAAUAAUGAUGACGUUUCCAGGCUCAAUGUUUCUGUUAUGAAUUCACAAACAUGGACCAUAUUUUGUUUCUGACAGUAUACAUUUUUACGUUUGUUUUUAUACUUUUUAGCUGUUUCUGACAGACAAAAUAUCUUGAAUGUGAGUCAUUAUGUAGCAGUUGCACAAUAACCGAAAUAAUAGCUAUAAUAAUAAAAAAAGAAUAUGACUAAAUUAUA